CAUAACCAGUUACACACUGCUCCGGCACCUCUGCUGCCUGCCCGGUCUAGUGCCGCGUGUCCUGCGCGCUGUGUGUGCAGCCAGAGCCCGCAGCAUGCCUCCCACCUUCCAGCAGCAGCACUCCGGCGCUCCGGCUGAGGCUAAAAUGAGCCUACAGGAAGAACUGGAUUUGAUUCUGCGGGAGAAGAUCAUGGUUUUGGAUGGAGGGAUGGGCACUAUGAUCCAACAACAUUGCCUGUCCGAGGAAAGCUUCAGAGGGCAAGAAUUUGUAGAUCAUCCAAAACCUUUACAAGGAAACAAUGAUCUGCUUAGUAUUACUCAGCCGGAGAUAAUCUAUAAAAUCCACAAGGAAUAUCUAUUGUGCGGUGCAGAUAUCGUGGAAACCAACACAUUCAGCAGUACCAGCGUUGCGCAAGCAGACUAUGCUCUCGAACACCUGGCAUAUCGCUUGAAUAAGAUGUCCGCUGAAGUAGCCAGAAGAGCCGCUGAUGAUGUAACGUCAGAGACCGGUGUGAAGAGGUUUGUUGCUGGGGCCAUGGGACCGACUAACAAGACCUUGUCGGUCUCUCCUUCUGUGGAAAAACCUGAUUAUAGAAAUAUUACUUUUGAUGAGCUUGUUGAAGCUUAUACAGAGCAAGCAAGAGGACUUUUGGAUGGUGGAGUUGAUGUUUUACUGGUAGAGACUAUAUUUGAUACAGCUAAUGCUAAGGCGGCCCUGUUUGCUAUCCAGAAACUCUUUGAAGAAGAAUACAAAGCCAGACCUAUUUUUAUUUCAGGAACUAUUGUUGAUAAAAGCGGUCGAACUCUUUCUGGCCAAACUGGAGAAGCGUUUGUGAUUAGCGUCUCCCAUGCCGAGCCAAUGUGCAUAGGCUUGAACUGCGCCUUGGGAGCUGUUGAAAUGAGGCCUUUCAUUGAAGCCAUUGGGAAAUGUACGACAUCCUAUAUCAUCUGUUACCCAAAUGCAGGUCUUCCUAACACGUUUGGUGGAUACGAUGAAACUCCAGAAGUCACUGCCACGCAUAUAAAGGAUUUUGCAUUGGACGGGUUGGUGAAUAUUGUUGGAGGUUGUUGUGGGACCACCCCGGCACACAUCAGAGAGAUUGCAGAAGCCGUCAAGCAUUGUAAGCCUCGAGUUCCCCCAGCAUCUGUGUUUGAUGGUUACAUGUUACUAUCUGGUCUAGAACCGUUCAGGAUUGGCCCUUACACUAACUUUGUGAAUAUUGGUGAACGAUGUAACGUGGCGGGAUCAAGAAGAUUUGCCAAACUCAUCAUGGCAGGGAAUUAUGAGGAAGCUCUGUCGAUUGCCAAGGCUCAGGUAGAGAUGGGAGCUCAGGUUCUGGAUAUCAAUAUGGAUGACGGGAUGUUGGACGGGCCUAUUGCCAUGGCCAGGUUUUGCAACUUUAUAGCAUCUGAACCCGACAUUUCCAAGGUGCCAUUGUGCAUCGACUCCUCAAAUUUUGAAGUGAUUGAAGCAGGAUUGAAGUGCUGCCAGGGAAAAUGUAUUGUAAACAGUAUCAGCCUGAAAGAAGGCGAAGAAGACUUUUUGGCUAAGGCAAGGAAAAUAAAGCAGUUUGGCGCUGCCGUGGUCAUCAUGGCUUUUGAUGAAGUAGGACAGGCCACAGAUACAGAGACAAAGGUCAGCGUGUGCACAAGAGCAUAUAAUCUUUUGGUGGAAAAGUUGAACUUUAACCCCAAUGACAUCAUUUUUGACCCUAACAUUUUAACAAUUGGAACGGGUAUGGAGGAGCAUGACAUAUAUGCUAUAAACUUUAUUGAAGCAACCAAGAUAAUAAAGUCUACUCUAAAAGGAGCCAAGAUCAGCGGGGGACUCUCCAACCUUUCUUUCUCAUUUCGUGGGAUGGAAGUCAUUAGAGAAGCAAUGCAUGGAGUCUUUCUUUACCAUGCCAUCAAGAUCGGCAUGGACAUGGGCAUUGUGAACGCUGGAAACCUGCCAGUGUAUGACGAUAUUGACAAAGAGCUUCUUCAGCUUUGCGAAGAUCUCAUAUGGAACAAAGAUCCAGAAGCCACUGAAAAGCUUCUGAAAUAUGCCCAGACCAAGGCUAAAGGGGGCAAAAAAGUGAUCCAGUCUGAUGAGUGGAGAAAUGGCUCUGUAGAGGAGCGACUAGAAUAUGCACUUGUCAAGGGCAUUGAAAAAUAUGUCAUAGAAGAUACAGAGGAAGCAAGAUUAAACAAAGAAAAAUAUAAGCGACCUCUCCAUAUUAUUGAGGGGCCUCUCAUGAACGGAAUGAAAGUGGUUGGCGAACUGUUUGGUGCUGGGAAGAUGUUCUUACCUCAGGUUAUCAAGUCUGCCCGGGUUAUGAAAAAGUCUGUUGGUCACCUCAUUCCAUUUAUGGAGAAAGAAAGAGAAGAAAUGAGAGCCUUGUCUGGCAGCAUGGAAGAGGAUAAUCCAUAUCAAGGCACCAUUGUACUGGCAACGGUUAAAGGAGAUGUCCACGAUAUUGGCAAAAAUAUAGUGGGGGUGGUGCUGGGAUGCAAUAAUUUCAGGGUUAUUGAUCUGGGCGUAAUGACCCCCUGUGAUAAAAUACUCAAAUCUGCGAUUGAAAACAAAGCUGACAUAAUUGGCCUGUCUGGUUUAAUCACUCCUUCUCUGGAUGAAAUGAUUUUCGUUGCCAAAGAAAUGGAACGGCUUUCAAUUAAGAUCCCUCUUCUAAUUGGUGGAGCCACAACGUCUCGGACACAUACAGCAGUGAAAAUUGCACCCCGCUACAGUUCCCCAGUAAUUCAUGUGUUGGAUGCAUCCAAAAGCGUGGUGGUUUGCUCUCAGCUUCUCGAUGAAAAUUCCCGGGAGGACUUUUUAGAAGAAAUAAUAGAGGAAUAUGAAGAUAUUCGCCAAGAACAUUAUGAAACCCUAAAGGAAAGAAAAUCUUUAACUUUACAAAAGGCGAGAAGUCAAGGAUUCCACAUUGAUUGGCAUUCUCACCCCGCUCCAGUUCGACCAAAGUUUACAGGAACCAGAGUCUUCAGAAACUACGAUCUGGAGAAACUGCGCAACUAUAUUGAUUGGAAACCAUUUUUUGAUGUUUGGCAACUCAGAGGCAAAUACCCCAACAGGGGAUUUCCAAAAAUCUUUAACGACAAAUCAGUGGGGGAAGAAGCAAAGAGAGUUUAUGAUGAUGCUCAACGGUUGCUACAGGUUCUGAUUAGCCAGCAGAAGUUUGAGGCCCGUGGAAUUGUUGGCAUUUGGCCAGCACAGAGUGUGCAAGAUGAUAUUCUGUUGUUUGCGGAAGAAGAUUCUGUGCAGUCCUCAGAACCUAUUGCUACUUUUUAUGGCCUGCGGCAACAGGCGGAAAAGGACUCUGCCUCUACAGACCCGUACUACUGCCUGUCUGACUUCAUUGCCCCAAGGGAUUCUGGGGUUCGCGACUACUUGGGUAUUUUUGCCGUAGCCUGCUUUGGAGUAGAAGAGCUAAGCAAAGCCUACGAGAGACAGGGAGACGACUACAACAGUAUCAUGGUCAAGGCUUUGGGAGACCGAAUAGCUGAGGCAUUCGCGGAGGAGCUCCAUGAGCAAGUACGGAAGGAGCUGUGGGGCUACUGUACUGACGAGGCGCUUGAUGUGGCUGAUCUUCGCAAGAUACGCUAUGAAGGCAUCCGGCCAGCACCUGGGUACCCCAGCCAGCCCGACCACACAGAGAAAAUUACCAUGUGGAAACUGGGGAACAUUGAGGAAGAAACAGGAAUCAAGCUUACAGAAUCCUUGGCUAUGACCCCUGCAGCUGCAGUCUCUGGUUUAUUAUUUUCAAACCCGAAGUCCAAAUAUUUUGCUGUUGGAAAAAUUUCAAAAGAUCAGGUUGAAGAUUAUUCUUGUAGAAAAAAUAUGCCGGUGGGAGAAGUGGAAAAAUGGCUUGGCCCAAUCCUGAGCUAUGAUCCCGAUCAGUAAGAUCUCUUCAAAGUGCUAACAACGGUUUUACGAACAGUAGAUAUCUUCCAGUUAGACUCACAGAUCAAUCAGUCUUAAGUUUUAGUUAAAUUGUUUAUUUUGAAGGUCUCUGGCUUCCUCGUUACUUAAAAAAAAAAUAAUAAUAAUCAAGGAACAUUUAAUAACCACUCGAAACUUUUUUAAAUUAAGGAAGAGACUGGGUUAACGCCUGACUUGAUGCCAUUCUAUGACCUUUUUAUUUGAUGGACACAUAACAAACACAAUGUGUGAGCCUUUUGUGAACGAAUUAAGGCACAUUUUGUCUCUUUCUCCAUAACAGAACUGGAAAGAAACAUCCUGUUUUUUAACUGCUUAAAAAUGCUACAUUCUAGAAUGCAGUUUACUAUGGUAUUAAUAAUGCACUUUAAUACAAAUCUGAAUAACUGUGUCCUAUGUUUCAUAAAGUACUUUAUUUUCUUCUAUGAUAUCAUGUACAGCUAUAGACUAUUUGAGGGGAAAAGAAAAAGUACCAAGCAACUUUUUAUAUAACAUUCAUUUCUUAACGACCAUGAAGCAUUACAAUGGAUAGUCAAACAAUCAGUAAAAUAUUGAACGUAACAUUUCCAAUGUCCGGCUCCAGUGAUGACUACACGGCUAUUAUGCUAACUGAAGGGUCACCCCAGGCUGGAUAUUAACCUGCAGCCUUCAGUUAUUGAUAAAUAUCACAUGCGGCCUCAGUUGCUAAAGUAUUGCCCAUCCUAGGUCUAUAGUGACGUCCACAUCAUAUUAUACAAACCUUUAAUGUAGAUGAUUAAAUUAUACAUAGUUCACGUGAAAGAACCUUGGAGAAAUCUGUUUCUUUGUUGUGUUUGGAAUACCCAAGAUGCAAAUUAUGGAAAAGCUGCUGCAUUAACCCCUUAAGGACAAUGGGCGGUCCCUAAACCUAUUGAAAACAAUGCAUUUUGAGCCUGUACAUGUACGGGCGUUGUCAUUAAGGGGUUAAAGGGAUACGAUACACAACACAACGGUUUUGAAUUAACUAUGUAUUGUCAAUUAAAAAUAUUUUUCUUCCAUAA